AUGGCGCCGUAUCGAGAGCCGAGAACGGCCCCAAGCUAUCCCAUACCGUCCAGGCGACUGGUUAGCGUGGAGCAUCCAGCCGUGAUUCGGAACCUUGAUAAAGCCGUGGAUACCUUACAAGGAAACAUAGGAAUCGAUAAUAUCUUGAACCCACUGAAGGCGGACACUCCAGCCAAACUAUUUCUACGGCCUGAGGAUCCAAUGUCCCGGCCUUUGCUUUCUACAAGCAACCCAACCAACAAUGUUUUACUAAAAGUUACAGUACCCAAGAGGACUGGCCGAAAGCGAAAGACAGGCUCGGAUGGGCCGUUUAUUGAUGCGGCUCCUGAAGACACCGCGGUUCUUCAGCGACCCACUUCAAAAGAUUUGUUGCGUUCCCUUCAGGAUAAUCCCUCGAAGUAUCAGAUUGAGGCAGUUGGAAAGAUUCAGCGCACGCAUGUGUAUCGGGCAAUGCCGGACUUUGUCUAUUCAACGAGCAAUAGUGCAUUCACCCAGAAGUUCCGAGAUCAUAUCUUCCCAUAUCAAUUGGAUAAAAUGAAACAAUUCGAUCUCGACAUGAGCAAGGGUGCCCUCACUGCCGCAGAUAUAAUUCCGCCGCCAUCGCUAAGUAACGAGCAAAUCCCAUUCCUGUACAUGUACCGCCAAAACCCAGGUGUAAAACACACAGUCGAUGAAGCCGGCCAAAUAAUCACUACAAACACCCAACAAAGCAUCAAAGUCCGCACGCACCUCAUCUCACACGACGUCGCCAACAUCCCCACUCAACCGCAAGAAAGUCUCGAACCAUUCGAAACACUUGACAGCAACCUGCAACAAACAAUAAACGUCAUCCGUGCUCUCUUCGAGCAACGUCCUGCCUGGACACGUCGUGGUCUCCGCAACCAUCUCCAAUCCGAAGAACAGCAAUAUCUUCUCCGUCUCGCAAUUCCAUACGUAGGAUACAUUUUCCGCGCCGGACCAUGGCGCGAUGCCAUCGUGAAACUAGGCGUGGAUCCACGCUCCAGCCCCGAAUACCGUUACUACCAGACGUUUAUGUUUCGCCUUCUUCCCCGUGAACCAGAGGUUGGGCGCGAUGGUGGCCGCGAUGGUGGCCGCGGCCGUCAAAGUCAAUAUAACCACAUCGAUCCGGAGGGUCUACCUGCACCCGGAGCAAAGGAUACCUAUAUUUUCAGUGGUAAAUUGCCAAUGCACUCUGAUGGUCGAAUCUGGAUGGCCUGUGAUGUCACAGAUCCCCUUCUUAAAAACCUUCUCUUCCCGCCUGAUCUGCCGGAGGGCGAUUUAGGUCCCCACGUCCGAGACACAUGCGAGGUUGUUUCAGACGGCUGGUUCGGGAAUGGUCUUCUCGCCAAAGUAAAGAUUAUUAUGCGGAUGAAGAUCGCUUCGUUGAUGGACGGUAUUCAGCCCUUGGAUGAGGAUUACCGUGAUGUUGCUGGAUUCCCUAAUUAUGCUGAAAACGAGGCAGAUGUCAUUACUCAUUUUCAGCUUGAUCCUCGCAAGUCUUCUCAGAAGGAAAUUGCAAUGGCUACUGAGAUUCGCGCGGCUAUUAGAAGUGUUCCGCUGUGGAGAAAGAAGACUGAAAAAGAUAAGCAGGGUGAAGAGAGGACGAAAGACAAGAAUGUUAAAGGUAAAGCCAAAAAGGAGGCAGCGAAGUCGAAGAAGAGAAAGGCGGUUGAGUUUGCUGAUGAGGAGUACGGUGAAGAUUUGAAUCACAGUGAGGGUGAAGAGGAGGAGAUGGAGAGAGCAGAAAUGGCUGCUGCUGCUUUGGCAGCGCGAGAUGCCGCCGAGGAAGAUGUCAAUGAUGGGCAAAAUCAGGAGGAUUAUGAUGAAGACGAAGAUUACGAAUAG